ACAUGGUUUUACGAGUGUCAUUGUACGUUGUCCUCGGUCUCGCUGUGGUCGGCUUCGAGGUUGUUCAUUCGCAAUCUGCAGGCGAUGCAUGUGUAUUGAACAAAGGCGGGAAUGGCGUUUGUAAGAAGAUAAUUGAAUGUCCUUCGGCAAUUGAUGCUUUGAAACAAAAUCAAUUGCCGCAAACCUGUGGGUUUAUUGGGACCACACCGGUGGUUUGUUGUGAAGGGGGAAUGGGAUCGAGAACAGGAAGUGUUCCUGGAGAAAUAAGUCGAGAAAAAUGUGAAGAGUAUUCAAAAUUUGCGUAUACGUAUUUUACACCGCCUGUUUUGUCAUUUGGUGCACCCCGAAAUGCAUCGCGUCUUCAAUGUCCGUUUAAAGUAAUUCCGCUUAUUAUUGGAGGCACAAAAGCAAAAGCAAAAGAAUUUCCACACAGUGCUGCAAUUGGCUAUGACUCAACCGAUGGUACUUCCCGAGUAUAUCACUGCGGGGGUUCUUUAAUCAGUGAUGAAUUUGUUUUAUCCGCUGGACAUUGUAAAAACAGUCGGUCUAAUGGACUGGCAAAAUAUGUGCGUCUUGGUGAUUUAAAUUUAAUUUCUACAAGUGAUGAUGCUAAACCACAAGAAUACAACAUAAAAGAAUUCAUUGAUCAUCCUGAUUAUCGCCCUCCAUCAACAUACAACGACAUAUUACUGAUUAAACUGGAAGAAAAAGUUAAAUUUAAUCACUACGUCCGCCCGAUUUGCUUAUACACUGAAUUUCAACCGCCUACGAAAUCCGCCAUUGCUUCCGGUUGGGGAAAAACAGAAGACGCUGAUGGUAGCGAUGAUUUACUCAAAGUCACAUUGGAGUUCUUUAGCCAAAACGAAUGUUUUAAAUAUUUUCCUGCAA